ACACUUUAAAUGACUUAACAGGUCACAUGGUCGGAAACCAGCGUUAACUGAGACACACACACACACACACACAGAGAAAGAUUCCUGUGUCCGAGCUGAACAACAUGGACUUCAUGUCAGAUCGUGAUGUGCAGAAGUACAUGGAGGAGGGGUACGUGGUUCUCGACGGGCUGCUGACCUCCCACGAGUGUGACGAGCUGAGGCAGAGGAUGUCGGAGAUCGUGGAAGACAUGGACGUGCCGGAGCACUGCCGCACCACCUUCUCCACCAAACACGACGAGCAGCUGAAAACGCAGGGGAACGCUGACUAUUUUAUCACCAGUGGAGACAAGAUACGCUUUUUCUUUGAGAAAGGAGCUUUUGAUGACAAAGGUGAAUUCAUCAUUCCAAAACAGCGAUCACUGAACAAAGUUGGUCAUGCGCUACAUGCCUAUGAGCCAUUGUACAAAAAAGUUACGCAUUCAGCCAAAGUUCAGGGCAUCGCUAAGAAGCUGGGACUCGAAAAUCCUGUCAUACUGCAAAGCAUGUACAUUUUUAAGCAACCAGGAAUAGGUGGAGAAGUGACACCUCAUCAAGACGCCACAUUUCUGUACACGGAGCCUCUGGGCCGAGUUAUGGGGAUGUGGAUCGCCUUGGAAGACACCACUCUGAGCAAUGGCUGUCUGUGGUUUAUUCCAGGGUCACAAAACAGUGGUAUCUCCCGCCGUAUGGUGCGUACCCCAGAGGGCACCUUCCCCCUGACCGACUUCACUGGGAAAGAGAUGGAGUACGAUGAUGAGAAGUUUAUUCCUGUUCCAAUUAAAAAAGGUGGCGUGGUCCUGAUCCACGGUGAGGUGGUGCAUCGCAGCGCUGAGAACAAAUCCGAGGACUCUCGCCACGUCUACACCUUCCACGUCAUGGAAACCCAGGACACCCGGUGGAGCCCCGACAACUGGCUGCAGCCCACUGAAGAGCUUCCUUUCCCUCCCCUCUACACCAAGUGAAGGACAUCUGGCUGCACAGACACACACGAUCCCAUCUUUCCUGAAGAGCGACCAACAUGUAUGAACAGUUUCAAUCAUAGCUCAUGUGCUCAUGGCUGUUUUUGUAUCUUCCAUGAAACCAUGUGUUGCUCUGAGCUGCAUGUAGAUUACAGACCAUCGAGAAUGUUUGUGUCCUGAUACCGAAUGUGAAUUUCUGAAUAUGCUUAGAAAUUAAUUUGAAUUGAACCCUUUUUAAAAAAUACAACUGAUCUUUAGAUCUACUUUUAUUCAGCGUCUCAUCAACAUUUGCACAAACCAGCAUUUCUCUUGUUCAAGCUAAUUUUCCUUUUCAGCUUUGUGUUUAAACAAGAUGGCAGAUUCCUAUUUUUACAGACAAGCAGUGAGCAACAAGUAUGUUGAUUUUAAGACGAAACUCAAGAGAAAAACAUCUUUAUGUAUGAAUGAUUUUUAACAACAUCCAAACUUUUUUUGAUACAUUUGAAAUCAAACUGAGAAACCAAAGGGUUAAUGUUGGCGCACAGGUGCCUCUUCUCCAUUCUCACACCAGCAUUAAACAAAUGGACUGAAAA